UGAAACGCUAACCGGAAGUAAUUCGAUUAGGUUUAAGACCCGUCGGCAUGGCGCUGCCAACAUAACAAAUUAAAUUAUGUCCAUUUACAAUACCAAUUACGCUGCUGUAAUAUUUCCGUUGUUUGGUCGUGUAGAUUUGAUUGAAAAACCUUUCUUGAUACUGUUAAUGGUAGUAUUUGUCUUUCGGAGGUAUCUUUGAUUCCUGUAUCGUUUUCUGUAGGAGCUCUGGGUGACACGGAGACGUGUGAGGAUUAUCAAAAGCCGUCAAAUUUAUAUUUUGCCGUCACAUUUUUAUUUUGUCGAACAUGACCCAAACCAAAGAGGCAGAAGCGGAACCUCGAUUGCUCGCUUUCGCCCGAGUAGCUUCCGCAGUGCUGACACACUUUCUUGUCAUCAUCCUCACGGUCUUUGUCGCUGUCCUGGCACGACCUGGUACAAGUUGGUUUUCCUGGCAUCCUUUCCUCAUGACACUAGCAUUCUCCUUCUUCAUGACAGAAGCCGUCCUCCUCUUCUCACCCCAUGGAUCCCUCAUGAAGAAGUUUUCUCACAAGGUGAAAGGUCGCGUGCACUGGAUGCUUCAGUGCGCCUGCGUGACGUGCGCUGCGCUCGGCCUGGCAACUAUCUUUUACAACAAACACCUGCACGGCAAGCCUCACUUCACUAGCUGGCAUGGCCUACUGGGCGUGAUCACGGUGUGCGCGGCGGCAGUCCAGUCGCUGGCCGCCCUGCCCCUCAUCUACCACUCUCUGGUCAAAGGCUGGUCACUUGCUAAGAUCAAGAGGUACCACGCGACGGCAGGACUGGUCACCUACCUGCUUGGCAGCGUCAGCCUGCUCCUCGGCUUGACUUCUGGGUGGUUCACCAAAUCGGUCGGUGAUGCUGCUUGGUACCUGGCGGCACUCUGUCCCGUUCUUUGUGCCCUCGUCAUCAUGAAUCAAGUCACCAGUGCUUACGUGGCAAAGAAACGUUUCCAGUCCUAAAUGAGUAACAGAGUUCAAAUACAAAGCUUUGUUGAUGUGCUUUGUUGAUUUUUCAAAUAUCUGUACUUGACUUGGUAUUUAUUUUUCUGAUGACUUUAUACAUUUACUCCCUACAUUUGAACAAAAUUUCUUUCAAAUUUAUUUUAUUUUUUUAAAAAUGUUUCACGGUUCUUAAAGAAUUGUGUUUUUUUGUACAUUUCUAUGUACUUUCAAGUACAGCAAGAGUAGUUAAAUUACGUGGGACAAAUGAAGGCUGCAGUAUAAAUUAAAAAUGUGUGUACUGACAAUGCCGGCGUUAUGUUUUGCACACCACUAUCUUAAAUUUCUGUAAAUUUCCUUGAAUACAUUUUUAUUCCACAAGGACCUCAUUUGAAUUUUUGAGUGGUUCUUCAUUAUGGUAUUGCGGACCAAGAAUUGACUUUUUUUUUUGUCAAAUGUUUACACAAUAGGGUGAUGUUUCAAGUGUGGGCAAAAAUUACGUUUUUCAGAUGCCAUUCUGUCAUUUUAUUAAAAAGAAAACACUGUUUAUUCACACAGAGUGUUUUUAUUGUAAAAUAACAUUGAUAACAGCCAUUUUCUGCUUUUGUCUGUGUGGCAUGGAUCAGCCACCUAAAAGAACAUAAGGUGAUAAAAAAAAUAAAUACAUUUCAGACACUACAAACACUGAAAUGAGGGAAGCUACUAUUAGGAGUACAUGAUGAAAUUAUAAAAAGUAAAAAAAAAAAUUAAAUAUCCGAUCCAUGAAGAUGAUAUUACUAAACAUGAAACAACAGAUUUAAACAUAAAGCAAUGCCAACUUCAAGAGUACAAAUAUAGACAUGGGAUCUGCAUCUUUUCCAUUAUCCACCUUUCAGAGCCACUUUACAAGAUUCCAAGACUGGCUGAGAAAAAAAAAAAAAUUGA